AUGAGUGAGGCUGCAGAAAUCCUAAAAUCAGUCCAGAUAGGUCUAAAUGUCGUCAUAUUUCUUCUGAACACUGAUCGUGGCCUACAAGCGACUGAGUUAUGUAAUGAAUGUGUGAUUCUACUUCAAAACCUUGGCUCUGAUAGUCACCUUGAUAUCUCCGAUGUACUAUUCAAUGCAUACUACGCCAUCUCUGGUUACACAGAUGCGGAAAGACAUGCCGCCAAACUUCUUGAAACGUUCCGCUAUGCUGGGGGACUAAUCGGAAAAAUGGGAGACAAAUGUUAUGCACAAAGCCGGUUUGUAAAGGCGAAACAACUCUUUAAAGGCGAACUCACCAUCAUGAAAACGAUUGAUGACAAAAGAAAAGAAGUAAUGGCUUAUGGAAGACUUGGAAUUGCUAAAGAGUAUGGAGAGAAAGGGCUUGCCAUCGCAAUAAAAUUUGGCGACAGAAAAGGAGAAUGUCUCGCACGCCUCCAUCUUGGAACAAUUUACCAAAAUCUUAAUCAAAAUCGAGCAGCUAAAGAACAUUUGGACAAAGCAGUCGGUAUCAGUAUAACACUUGGUGACAGAAUACUAGAGGCCUAUGCCACUGUAGGUUUGGCAGUUCUCUCUGCUUCUGUGAAUGACAAUCAGAAGGCAAAAGAGCAUUGUGAGAAGGCGCUUACAAUCACCAGAGAAUGUGGCAAUAGACGUUUAGAAGCUCAUGUUUACCUAAACCUUGGAAGAGUAUUCCAGUUGUUUGGUGAAUAUUGCAAGGCAGUAGAUUAUUUAGAGAAGGCUUGUUCCAUAAGCAGCCAUAUUGGAAACAAAUUUAUUGAGUUUCACAGCCUUCUUAGUAUUACUUUGGUAAAGAUAUUACAGUCAGAGGAUGCGGAGGCAAUUAAAUAUCUUCUUCAAUGUAUUGGAAAAUAUGAACAAAUCCGAACUCUUCUGAAAGGAAACAGUGAACUUCAAAUGUCUUUGUUGGAGGAAUACGGUACUUUUCCCCACCAGUUAUUAACUGAUAUCCAUUGCAAUGCUGGAAAAUUUCGAGAUGCUCUCUAUGUUGAGGAGCUGGGACGAGCAAGAAUCCUCACAGAAUUCAUGGCAGACAAGUACUUCGCUGAAAGUCACAUCUCAGCUGAUCCACGAUCAUGGUUCGGCAUUGAAAACGUCGUGAAAAGAGAAAGUAACUGUGUUUUUUUGUACAUUUCGUAUAGAGAUCGGCAAGUUCUUCUCUGGGUAUUGAAAACAAAUGGAGACAUUUGCUUUCGAAACACAGACGAAAUGAAAGUAGACACUCUUAUUGCUGAGCAAGUUUGCGAAGUGGAAGGAAUCUUCAAAAAGAGCGCCGCCUGCUUUGGUGUUUUACCGGCAGCGAACUGCGAAGACCGAUCGCUGGAUGACAACGUGACGAUAUCUCUUCGUGAAGAGAGCCAAGCAAAUUUGCAAGGUGACGAAACCAAAGAUACCGGAAGAAGUCAUCAUUUGUGCUACGAAUGGAUCUUCGCACCUGUGGCAGAUUUACUAACAGAGCCCGAAAUCAUCAUUGUACCGGAUCGUUUUUCGUACCGAGUCCCAUUUGCUGCCUUGCGUGAUGGACCAGCCGGAAAGUAUUUAUCGGAGAAGUACAGAAUACGCAUCGUCCCUUCACUGACAACUCUCCGGCUAAUUCAAGAAUGUCCAGCAGACUAUCACAGUCAAACUGAUGCACUGGUUGCGGGUGAUCCUACGGUUGGCAAAGUGCAUUACAAUGGACGUCUCACUGAUAUUACACCAUUGUUCUGUGCAAAUAAGGAAGCAGAGAUAGUUGGUCAACUGCUGGGCGUUCAGCCUUUGUUAGGAAGUCGCGCAACAAAGCACGCGGUUCUUCAAGCAAUACCCUCAGUGAGUCUGAUACAUCUUGCCGCACAUGGAAAUGCCAAAAGAGGAGAGAUUGCUCUCUCUCCUGAACGUACUACUGACAGUAUUCCACAAGAGGAAGACUACCUCCUAACAAUGUCCGACAUUGAAGGAGUUCAAGUGCGAGCUAAACUGGUGGUACUCAGCUGUUGUCACAGUGGGCGUGGACUGAUUAAAAAGGAAGGAGUUAUUGGAAUCGCGCGAGCAUUCUUAGCAUCCGGUGCACGUUCAGUGUUGGUAGCAUCGUGGGCUGUAGAAGACAAAGCAACAGCGAACCUCAUGAAACAUUUCUAUAAACACCUUGUUCGUGGAGAAAGUGCCAGUGAAUCUCUUCACCAGGCUGUACAAUGGUUGAGAAGCAAUGGUUUCCCCAAACCUUGCCAAUGGGCUCCGUUUGUGCUGAUGGGGGAUAACGUGACAUUUGAUUUUAUGAAAAAAGGGAAAGAAGAACUCGAGGAAGACAGCAACGAGGCGGAGAAGAGACAGAGUGACUACUGAUCCUACACAAAGAUUCUUCUUCCUGUACAUUGUCUUUCAAUGGACACUGGUAUCACUUGCGAAGACAUUUUUUUUUAAAUUUUCUUUUUAAGUCAAGAAAUAAAUUUUGCGUGCUUUUAUAAGAAAGGCUUAAUCGA